GCGACGCGAACAAACCACUAGUAAGGAGAUUAGGGAGUGCGUCUACGGCUACGAUCCACUUGACGCUACAAACGUUUCGAAGCAUUCUUUGAUUGGUCAAUUCGUAAAAAUCUUUGUUUCGAUUGGUCAAUCAAACACUUCGAAGCGUUUGUAGCAUCAAGUGGACCGCAGCCUACGUCUAUGACGAAACUAACCCCCAAAAAAUCCUACACAACUGGAAAUUUUAUCAUUAUUAAAACGUAAUAAUAAAUAAAUAAAUGUUUGAUGCACAUCUCUUAAUAACAUGUGUUUUAAAAACUAUCUUGUUAUUUCUAUAUAAAUGUGAAAAUUAAAAAAAAAUAAAGAGAAAAGGAGAAUCUUUGAUAACUUUAUUUCUACAACAUUUACUACUCCUGUUACAUGUUAAAACUUACACGAAAUUAUACAAGAUUUAAUCGAAUAUUUUAAAUUGAAAGAAUUGUUCUCUAAUGAUUACUGAAUGCAUAAAAAUAAUAGAAUACUAAAAUUUUCUAAGUUUUGUUUUGAUAUUUUUAAUAACAAUUUUUAGAUCUCAAAGGAACAAGAAACUGAUAAAAACAAACAUUCAAUAUUUUUAUAAAUAUAAAUAAUGUCGUUCAGUAAGAACAAAAAUUGAUAAAUAUUUUAGUAAUUUAGUAGAAAUAAGUCUAAAUCUGCUAAGUGAAUUUUAUAUACUGAUUUUACAUAUCGUGAAAAUUUAUAAUACUUAAUAAUGGAAGAAGAACCAGAAGUGAUAGAGCAUUUUUUUGGAGUAUAUUUACUAUAUUGUGUGAAUCCAAAAUAUAAGGGAAGAACUUAUAUAGGUUAUACUGUAGAUCCAAAACGCAGAAUUAAACAACAUAAUGCUGGUAAGAACUAUGGUGGAGCUUGGAAAACUAGUAAAAGAGGACCAUGGAAUAUGGUCUUGAUUGUUCAUGGAUUUCCUAAUAGCACCUCUGCACUUAGAUUUGAAUGGGCUUGGCAACAUCCACAUAUAAGUAGACGACUGAAACACAUUCCCAAGAAGAAGGCAGCACAGAAAAUGUUUGAUUUUCGUUUAGUAGUCUUAUCUGAGAUGUUGAAAAUUGGGCCUUGGUGCCGUCUACCUUUGAUAGUACGAUGGUUGGACUAUGAGUUUUCCAAAAAUUAUUAUGGACGCAUAUGUUCACCGUUACACAUGCCCAUAUGUUAUGGAAAAGUCACCCGUUGUACAAUUAAGCAAAGAACAAAAGAAGUUAAUAUUUUUAAACCAGAAUUCCAUUUGCCAGUGGAAAAAUCACCAAUGUUUUGUUCUCUUUGCAAUUCAAGUGUAACGAAGGAAGAUUCUAUCACUUGUGUAAAACCAAAGUGUCUCUUAAUUGCACAUUUAAUCUGUUUAGCUAAAGAAUUUUGCAAAGAUGGGAUGAUCUUACCGAUUGAGGGCACUUGCCCUGUCUGCAAGUCUAAUGUCCUCUGGGGAGAUCUUGUAAGAAAAAAGAAUGGUUGUUAUCAAGAUCUUAGAAAAAUUAGAGACGGUAGUGAUUUUUCCAGCGACGAUAUUUAAGUACCAUAUAGAUAACAUUUUAUAUACCAUAAAUAAAUAUACAUUUGUAAAUAAAUACAAAUUUUUUAUCUUGUAUUUCAAAUUGACAACCAGAGUUACAUUUCUCAUUAACAUAUGUAUUUAUAUCAUCAUAUCGUUAAGGAACAUCUAAAUUGGAAUUAUACAUAUAUCAAAUAUUAAUUUUUAUAAUACAUAUGUGUGUAUUACACAUAUAAAAUGUUUGUUUAAUCUGUGACACAUUUCACAUUUUUCUAUUUUAAAUGAUAAAUGAUAUAGCUAUGUAUAUUAUGAAUUUUCUAUAUAAAUUUUUUCUCUUUUUUCUAUAAAUUUUUGAAAAAUUUUGAUUUUUUAUAUUACAUAUUAUCAAUUUCGAUUACAUAUUAUCAAAUUGAUAUUAAUGUUCUGAUGUGAAUUUAAUCGAUAUUUGAUAUAAGAAACAUUAACUGUUACAUAGAUAUGCCAAUGAUUCUUAUUUGGUGGACGUUGGUUUAGUGUGUAAUUAGCACACGCCACGUCGAACCGUUAGCAGAACUUGUACGUGAUCAAACAGUACUAUACCAAUUGAAAUACUCGGAUCUGCAAACGACAACAUAUUUUCUUCUUUUUUUCUCGGUCAUAAGUUUGUCGCAUAUUAAUUUUAUCGACUAAGCAGUACUGCAAAUUAACUUAUUUACAUACAAAUCUAACAAUUGUACAAUUGUAUAAAAUAAUAAAACGAAAAUUAAUAAAUAAAAA